GGGACACCAAUGCGACGGCCGUAUCGUGCGUUUUCGGUACACCUCAUCAUCUGCGCCGGCACGGAGUUGUGAAUAAUAUCAUUUGUAAUCUCGUCGACGAAUUUUUCGCGUUUUUUUUUUUUUUCCGGUUCCCCCUCGUCGGCCGACGCGUACGCGAAUUUUAUUCCCGCGAGUGUAAAUACCUUAAAAUAUUGUAAUUUUUUUUUUUUUUUACUGCUUACGCGGUUUUGUGAUUUUUUUUUCUUAUAAUAAUGUCAUUGUUAUUAUAACGUUGUCGUUUGUUUGUUUUUUAUUUUUUUUUUUUUUAACAAUAUUAUUAUACUUUUUAUUGUAAAACCAUUCGCGAGUUUUGUUUUUCGAUGUCCGUCCGCUUUACAAACGUUUCGCGCACGGUUAAGAAAAGAUGACAGUUACCAAUUUCGGCAUGAUGAGGCCCUGUUUUACCGGAUACCCAUUUCAAGGCGAGUAUCUUAUUAUUAUUGUACAACUACAAUUAGAUUAGAACAUAUUACAAUGCCGGCCGAGUAAUCUAACCUCACCGCGUACGUGAUGAGUUAUCAGUUUUUGCGGGACAUGGUGUUAUAGGUAUGAUUAGAUUAUUAAACAGGCACGCGGAGAGGAAAUAUGUGAAAUAUGUAAAACCGAAUUUGUUUUCUAAAUUUAUUUCCGGCAAUAAGUCGCGUUUGUUUUUUUCUUUCGAUUUUACCUAUAGUACUAUCAAUUGAGCAACGCCCGGUAUAUAUUUUGUUAAAACGUUAUAGCUCAACACAUCGUGAUGGUAUAUCGCGGUAUAUUAUCAAACCCUUUAUACCGGGUUCACAUAACCUACACCAGUCUAACCGUAAGGUCGCGGGUGAAAUCUAUAAGUUCGUAUAUUAUACUUACAAGGGAGGUGAUAAAAAUAUUUUAUAGGGGAGGCGCGUCUUCCGCGGGAACAUUUGCAGUGUCACGCGCAACGUUAAAUAUCCUCGCGAUAUUGCAAGUACACUUCCUCGUCCUGUAUUUGUUGUAUAACUCGUACUUACCGUGCCCAUGUGAUGUGUAUGUCCACAGGCCAGGGCCGGGUGAACCAAUUAGGUGGCGUGUUCAUCAACGGCCGGCCUUUGCCCAACCACAUUCGCCUGAAGAUCGUCGAAAUGGCCGCAGCCGGCGUCCGACCGUGCGUCAUAUCCAGGCAGUUGCGCGUGUCCCACGGAUGCGUGUCGAAAAUCCUGAACCGCUACCAGGAGACGGGCAGCAUCAGGCCCGGCGUGAUUGGCGGAAGCAAACCCAGGGUGGCCACGCCGGACGUGGAACGCCGGAUCGAGGAAUACAAGACAGAGAAUCCCGGCAUUUUCAGCUGGGAAAUACGCGACAGGUACCUACAUAGUUGCACGCAGCAGCGAUAUAAUAGUUUUACAAAUAAAUAUUAUUACGACGAAAUAUAAUAUUUAUAAAAUACGUAGCCACUCGUAAACCGCUAGUUUGCAGAGACAUUUUUAGAUAAGAUCAUUAAACAUGUUCACUUAAAAAAGUUAUAGGUGCACAUAAUAGUAUAUUAUAAUAUAGGUACCUGUAUAGCUAUUAUGUAACGAAUGACGAUGACCAGUGGCGUGCUUAGGGACUUUCAAUGGAAGGGGAUGUAUAACAGUAAAUAAUAAUAAUUAUGAAUAAACCGUAAACGCGUCUUCUGUGUCUAAUCCGUCAGUAGAAAUUCAAAAGUCGGAUUCAAAAAGGCCAAUUAUUAUUAAAUAGAUCAAGCUUUUCCUAUUAUAAUUUUACUGAAAUACAUAUUUACAUUUCAAGAUUAAAUUGCCGAUUAAAUAUUCAUAUAAACGUUAUGUGUUUAAACCAAUGGGGGAGGAGUUAAAACCCCUAACCUAGCAGGCAAGGUCUUGCAUACGCCACUGACGAUUGCCGUCACGACCCCUGCGGAAACGGGGGUGGAUUGAUCCAUCAGGAAUUCGGGAAUUUUUCCGACGAUCUGCAGCCCCAUAGGUAAGGUCAUACGACAAUAUAUAGGCGUGUGCUAACAUGAUUAUAAAAAUUCGAGUUUAUACGUACCCAUAGCAUCCAACUGUUGUUCUCGGCUAAAAUAAAUUAUACAUCGUGACUUCUUUAUUUGUUCUUUUUGGUCUGUAAACCGGUAAAUUUAAAGUUCUCUAUUGCCAACACGUGUUCCUGGUCCAUACAGUUUACGGUUUGUGUUUACUAACUUUUACAUAUACUUACCUAUAUUUAUGUACAGUUAGUGUUAAAUCUAAUCUUUGAGUCUGAGUAUAGAAUAUUUUAUUAAGUAUCUAUCUAUCUAUAGAAUAAUUCAUAAUUAUAUUUAAACUUUAUAAACUCGAUUUUGACGCACUCCAUGUUGUUUGAUGGUCUAUAAUAUUAUACACACACGCCAAUUUUGAUAUUAUAAUAUUGCAAUGCAACCAAUUUUAAAACCAAAAAUUAAUCGUGUUAAAAAAAAAAAAAAAAAAACCCGAUAAAAUAUAACGUAUACAAAAAUAAAUAGUAAUAUAAUAUACAUGGGUUGCUGCAUAUAAAUUCAGAGUGAAUCUCUCGAGGGAAUUGGUGACAGUUAUCCGUAUUGUCUUCAAUGUUAGCAAAUUUUAAUAGCCACCUUAAAUUGAUAAAAAUUCUCCACUAAUCUACUGUCCGACACUCGCUUAAGGAGAGGCGGUACGACCGUUUUUACAAACGAAUAUGACGUUUUAUACAAAAACAAAAUCCAGAAAAAACUGUGAAAAUUUCAAUUUUCAAAACGUAUUACGAUUCUUUAGGUUCAUUACUAGGAUACGUUGAAAUUAAUUUUUAAUUAUGAAUAUCUUAAUCAUAAGCAAAAAGCGAAAUAGUUUAAAAAUACUAUAAAAUCAAAUUUGUUUAUGAUUUCCGGUAAAAUAAUCGAAUUUCUAUUUCCGACGUAUCCUACAGUAAAGAAACCGAAGAACCAUAAUUCGUUUUCAUAAUUGAAAUCGCUUUUAGGUCUAAAUCGACUAAAAUAUACACCGUCACCAAUUAAUGAUCGUAUUCGUUAUAGUAAUAGGCUUCACUUGUAUUAACAAUUCAACACGGUGCAUAACAUCAUUUUCAUUUUAAGUAUAGAUAUACUGGGUGCUUAUUAUAGUAUACACAGCAAUACACAAACCUCAAAAGUGUUCGGCCUUAUAGUGAUAAAUACAUCGUAGACAAAAUAUAGGUAUACAUUGUAUCCCGUUGUUUAUAUACCACUAAAUAUCUCAGCUGACCUUAGAUUGAAAUGAGGUGUUCGGGAGGUGAUGGGGAAUAACGAACAACACACCGAAACACAAAGUUUUAUAUAAUUCUUUGGGAAUGUUUAUUAUAAUAUUGGUAUAACGGUUCACAAAAAUAGAACAUAUUCAUAACUACACUAUGCUUCCAUUUCGUUUCUUUGUCUUCCACAACAUUCUUCCUCGUCUUGAAGAACCGAAAUUGUAUCAUUAACAAUACAUAGUUCACAAUUAAAACUCGGCUGUGUAUAACCUUGAACCGCAAUAAUAUGUCCUCAGGACAAAAUUAUGAUGUUAUGCAUAAAUUAUUAUUAUAUACGUUUUUAAAAGCCAUCGUCUAUUAUUAUGUGACCAAUGGCGAUGUUCUUUUUUAGUGGAUUUUGACGCGUAAUCAUAAUUAAUAAUGAUUAUUGUCAAGAUGAUAAAUUAUAAAUAAUACAUCCGUAUAAUCUAUAUGAAUAAUAACACGAAUUUGUUUUUUUAUUUUUUUUUAUUUUAUACCUGGUAACUCUGCGGGAUGUUUUACCUAAAGUUUACCAUAUUAUAUGGACCGAAUACCUACAAUUGACACUUGCAUUUAUAAUUUACGUAUAGGUUAUAGGUUACAAGUUAAGUUAUAGGUUUAGAUAUACUUAAAUACAUAUAUAUAUAUAUAUAUAUAUAUGUAUUAUGUAUAUAGGUAAUAUUGCCCUCAAACCGCGUAUUAUGUGUUUUACAAAAAUAAUAGUGUAAUUUUUGAUGUGUUUUUAUAUACCUAUACCUAGUGAUUUCUUUACUGUAUUUCAAAAUUUGAAAGCUCUAAAAGAAUGAUCCCGUUUUUGUGUUUCAGAAAUGACAAUGAGCCCGCCCAAUAUCACGAUAAUAAAAGGUUAGUGUUUUAAUUAAACGUUGUUUUUCUUAAAAUUUCUGUAUAAAACAAAACUGCUCUUUUUUUUUUUUUCUUGCGGUAUAUAAUAUUACAUAGUAGAAUUUUGAUUUAUGUAUUAUAAUAAAUAAUUUUUACAUUAUGCUGUAAUAUAAUAUUAUAUAAUCGAAAUAAAAUUAUAAUAAUAAGGGACGCGUGCUCGGUGUUGUAUCCCCCCUCCCGCAAUGAUAAUACACAAUAAGACACAUAAAAACCACGUACUUAUAUGGGCCGUAUGUGUGUAGCACAAUAUAUGUACUUAAUACAGUCAUCAGUUGUCAAUGGAACGUUUUUUUUUUCUUUAUUCUCCCCGAAGAAAGGGUCAAUACUUUUUUUUACCCUAGCUGCACCCUUAAACGUCUACUGCUGGUAUCUAUAUAAUAUACUAACUGCAGAGAAGGGUUGUACAUAUAUAUUGUAUUUAAAUUUAUUGACUUCGUCUUAUACGUGUACAUAUAUGUACUUGCAAGAUUGCUGCCAUUUAUACACAAGGAGCCAUAAAUAACGGUUUUGUAUAAUAUGACCCAGAGGUCCUUUUUUUCUUUCUUUUUUGUCACUAUUCAUCUUCGGAUAUUUCUACCCUCCGGUGCAUUGUUAUCUUAUAUCUAUAUAAUAUGCUUAGGUAGUCCUCAGUCCUGCUUCAGUAGGUAUUUGUGUUGCGUGACUCCUUGGCCAUUGUACAUUUCACGACGUCGCGACACACGCAACACAAUAAAAUGGCGUAUAUAAUACAGCUAUAUAUAGAUGAAUUAAUUGUGCGUGCUGGCCUUUAAACAUUAUUUUGAAAUAUUUUAUAUUACACUAGCCGCUAUCAAUUUUCUAUUUAAACGCAUAAAAUAGACCUAACCGGCUAUAUUUUAUAAUAUUUCUUUGGUCCCAGCUGGGAAUAACUGUUUAAAUCAAUUUUGUAUAGUUUUCAAUACAAGCGAAUUACAUUUUUAAAACGAAUAUAAUUAGAAUAACAAAUAAAGUGGACCGAAUUGCAUAAGAUAAAAUUCUAAAAAAAUAAAAUAAAACACCGAAAAUUUACUCAGGCUCUUUUUCGUCGGGAUCAAAGAUUUGUGUGUUUGUGGAGAAAAAAAUAUCCAUACAUUUUAUUUGAACUCUCUCUCUCUCGGAAUAAUAUGGUCCGCCUUGCUGAAAAAUUGCAGAAUAAAUUAUUCUUACUUCUACAUAAGUAUUCGUGACGUAACAUUAUAAUAUAUAGAUAAAUGGAACUCGGUCCGCCAUUGUUUUCCUCUCGUUGUGAUGAUGUAAUCGAACAUUGUUUUCGUAGCGAUUGCACAAUUGUUAUUAUCAUAAUAUAAUAAUAUUAUUAGGCAUACUGCAGGAACCUAUAACAGUAUAAUAAAUUGCAGUUACACGUACGGCGCAACUCUCCCUUCCCUCCCUCUCCGCCACCCCGAAGCCGAUAUUAUUUCAUGUUUUUACAUCACGGUAUACACGCGAUAGUUUUUUUUUUUUUUUUUCCGUUUGCUCUCAGAAAUCGCUGCAGUUUUCUACGCAUGGAUCGACAACAGAAACUAACCGUAUUUUUUUUUCCAUUUAUGUCCCUUUCGCUUUUAUCAUUAUUUUAGAUUUUUUUAUACCCCGAAAUGUAUGUAUAAAUGAAAACAUAAUAAUACGUACCUACUUAUAUUCUACAAAUGUAUACAUAAAACUGGUAGGAGGUCCCUGUGCUCGUGUUGCAGGGUUUUAUACAAAACCUUUGUUGUCGAUGCAGACGCUGCAGCAACAGUAUAAAUAGGUCCGGGAUGUUUUAUUGCCUUUUUUCAAUAUAAUACCGCACCAUUAUUAUUGUGUUAAACCUACAAAUAUUAUACUUACAUAAUAUAAAUGCAUUGUAUAUAUAUAUAUAGUACCCAUCGACACUCGAAAAUAUCCAAGUACGUGGGUAUGAAUUUUAUUAUGGAUAACAUCUUGAUCGCGUUUAUAUUUAUAUUAUAUAUACAUAUAAUAGAAGUACAGGAUGUACUUUACGAUUUAAAUGCUAUUUUAAUAAUAUAUUACAUUAGCAUGUAUACAGAUUAAACGCGUGUCCCUAUAUUUGAGCAAAAAAAUAAAAAUAACAAUAACAAUAUAUUGGAUUUUUUAAUUUUCCUUUUUUUGUACAAUAUGAGUUAAUUUUAUUAUUUUCAUUGUUUUUUAGAUUGAUUAGAGAAGGACUGUGCGAUCGGGGAAGCGCCCCGUCUAUAAGUGCGAUAUCGAGACUCUUGAGAGGCCACGACGGCGAUGAUACGGCUUCGGAGAAGAAAGUUAGCGACGGUAAGUCGUAAUUUUUUGAAUUUUUUUUUCGUUUUAUUCUUACGUGUCAGUUUUGUCGAAAGGCUGAAUGCUAUUCGACGAUGGGAUUUAUUUUGGUUUAUUUGCAAGGUGUUCAAUAUAUAAACAGGCAUAAUGCGGAAUAAUUUUAUUUUCUAAAAUGUACCUAUAUUUCUAAAUUACCUUCAAGUCACGAAAUUAUAUUUCUGAAUAAUAUGCGUCACUAUAUUUUGGUAUAAUGGUGGACACUCCCGAAUAAUAUUUAGGUAUAUCGAACGUUUUCCGUAGUUCAUAACGUUUAAAUAAACUAUCGAAUAGUUUUUCCUAUAACCGAAUAAAGUUGAACCAUUCCGAUAGUUUUCAAUUUACGGAGAAUAGUUCCGACGCGAUCAUCAACCAGGUAUAUCGAUUAGUUCAAUAAUUAAUUAGUAUAUAUUUGAUUGUGCUCAUUACUACGUAUAAGUAUUUACUUAAUAUUAAUUUCGAAUUUUGAAGACACGAGUAUUUUAAUAGUUCGGUUCAAAGUGGUGAAUCAUGGCAUUUGUGACAUCGCUAUAAGUAUAUGCACAAAUAGAGGGGCUCGGAGCACUUAACCUCAUCCAAAAAAACUUAUCCGAGGCUCUCCUUUCAAAUAGAUUGCUUAUCAAGUAAAUACUAAGUAUACAUAAUCAAUGUUAAUAUUAUCAUCCUUAAAUAUUUGCGUGGUUAACCGCGCACGACGACUGCGGUAUAAUAUCAUACAUUAUUUCGAAGACAAAACGUAUUUUUGUUAUUAAGUAAAUUUAAAAAAAAAAAAUGUUUUCAUUACAAAUUACUGAAACGGUAACAUAAUAUUGAAAUAAAAGUAUCUGUAAAUUAUAUGGAUAUAGAUUAUAGUUUAUAUAGGUUGUAUUCAUAGUUUAUAUUAUGUAUCAUACUUGAUAGUAUUUCUGACUCAAUACUUUAUCUCGGGUCGUUAAUAUUCCGGCCGUGACAACACAAUUUUGGCGAAAGCGGUUUUCCCCUCUCUUUCUAUAGUGUAUAGUGUUCCUUUAAUGAAGCGAUAAUAAAAAAAAAAAAAAACAAAAGUUGUGUUACUGCAGUGUUUGGCGUCCGUUCAAACGCGUGCGUAUGCCUUUGAUAUUAUUAUAUUACACUGCCGCGCUGUUCCGCAUUAUUUAUUGUAAUUUCGCAAUAUGUGCGAGAAAUGUUUAAAUAUAAAAAUAUUGUCGUAUCAUAAAAAUCGUAUACAGACCACACGUCGUCGUCGGCGGUAAACGCAACAAUUAAACAAAUAACGUUUUUCUUAUGAAAAAUACGGAAAUUUUAUUUCACCGUGUGUAUAUGCGAAUAACACAGCCGAAGUUAUUGGCGGAAUCCAGACGUGUCUGUUGUUGAUUUGGAUUUCGGACGUUUUAACCAUCAUCGUCCGGAUUUUUCAUUGUUUUACGUAAAUAUAUUUUCUCCGGAAAACCAUCAAUAUAUAUUAGAUUGAGUGAUUGUACACAUAGCUAAACACAUACACUUAACAUUGUAAUAUUUUUUAUACGUACAUAUACAAGUAUUUUAAAUAACUAUAAUCGUAAUAAUUGCACAUUUAUUUAGUAUAAAUAAAAACAACUAUAGAAAAACAAAAACCAUAAACCCGAAUUAUUGUGAAAUUCAAAUCCGGAUUUUCGAGAAAUUUAUACGGGUACGUCACGUCACUAUAUAAUAGUUCUUAUAUUUUGUUUCUGAAUUAUUCAACCUGCGCCAUAUUUUUUUAUUUUAUUUUUUACUUAUACCCAAAUUAAAAGUGAAAAUAUUAUUACGCGUUGUUUUUUUAGACAGUCGGCGUCGACCACUACGAUACGAUAUAAUAAACAAUAAAUAUUAUAGAAAACGCGCGGUCUAAAUUGCUUACGUGAUGAUGAAUAAUAUUAUAUACAGCGAUAUUAGCGAUAUUUUAACGACGCAAUAAUACGGCAUAAAAAACGAGAACUCUCGCGGCACAUAAAAUAAGAAAAAAGUUCUGUUCACGGGCAGGUCACUUUUGUACGCGGGUAGUUGGAAAAUUAUAGGAUUUACAGGGCAAUUUAGUUUACAUGUUAUGACUUGAAAAUUCGAUAAUAUCAAAGUUUCGUUCAGUAAUUCCAACUUUUUGCUGUUUAUUUGAAUAUUAGAGUAAAUCGGUCUAUUAUCAAACUUCAAAAUCAAAAAAGGUUGACACAGACAUCAAAAAAAAAAAAAUAAAACUAAUGUAUCGGUAUUGUUGUUUUAUAGAAACACUUUUGGGAAUCUAAACGUUUUUUCUCAGAUAAAGUUCUACCGAGCGAAUAAUCAGCAUCAUUUUAGAUAAUGCGAAUAAUUUGAAGCUUACUUAUACCUAACCGAAAAAAUGAAUUAAAAAGCCGAAACAAAUAAGAAAUCUUUUUUUUCUUAUAUAGUCGAAUAUAAAAGUACGUCAGCUUUACAUUUGUUUCGUGCCAUUACGUAGAUACGUAGGAUCCAUAAAUGCAAUUUGUAUUAUAUUUUAUUUUAUUAUUUUAAUUGUUUUUACAUAUUUUUUACAAAAUAUGAUACUUUAUUUAUAGACAGAUCUAAUCGGCUAAUAAACAUAUUUAUUUAUACUCGCUGACGAUAUCCGUCUAUAAAUACAUAUAAGUACUAUCUACUAAGUACUACUAAGUAAUACUAAGUACUAUAAGUACUAGAUGUGUUAAAUUUAUGGAUUUACGAUGAUCAGGAUAAGAAAUCACGUCAUUUUUACUACAAAAGUAUGUUUGUGAGUCAAGCCGUUCGUUUUGAAAUUAUAUCAAUGCUCUUUGGAUGAUUUUCGUUGCGAUCUUUUUUAGGAUAUAUAAUAGUGUUGGGAUAUAUCUACGGAUUUUUUAAAUAUUCGGAUAACCGGAUUGUUUCAACACUUACAUUUAGUGUUGUUUUUUUUUUUUAAUAAAUGUUUAUGCAACUAUGCAACUCUGUACAGUCACAACUAGUGACGGUCAUUUCCGAAUAGUUUGUACACAUCGGUAAUUUUCCAUAGUCUUUUGGAUAAAUCACGUAACGAACAUUUUUGUUUCCCAACGACCGAAUAAAAACUGUUUUUAAUGUUUUGGAUUGUUUUAAUUGUUGUAGAAUUAUCAUCGAGAUCGGUGUAUGCGACAAUAUUUUCAAAAAAACUCUAUUUUCACGUAAAUUGAUAAAACUCAGCGUUGUUAAAGUACAGUUCUUUAAUGCACUUUUAAGCACCUACUCAUGUUAUAAGUACCCACGAAAAUUGACACGCUUUUGAACACGCACGUACAUACCGAUCGCAGUGAACCCAAUGUUCAGUUUUUCCCCUUUUCCGAACAUCAGGUUUUUUUGUUGUUGUUGUUGUUGUUGUUGUAAUAUCAUACAUCUCGUUGAUAGGUCUUCGGUUUUCAUAUGUGUGUAUACGCGUACCGAAUAGUCGGAAUGCGAUUGAUUAUUAUCGAACGGACCGACAGUAACGCUACAUAUUCGGCCGUGUCCAUCACUCUCUUACAGUCACGAUAAAAAAUACAAGAUUUGUCCGUUGCGCACUGCCCGACGACGGCUAUUCGAUUUCCGCGUUUGCCCGUAACGUUUUCAACAAUAUUAUUACAUUUUACGACAAUCGCGCGUGUACACAAUAUUAUUAGCAAUAUUAUCGCGGGCAAUCCGGCGGGUAUACCUGCGCCGAUCGUCCGCGUUGUCCGCGCGAGGUGUCGGCGCGCACAACAAUCGUCGCCGAACGCACAGGUCGCUAAUAAUAAUAACGAUAAAUCGCGCGCGCGUGUGUGUGGGUGUGGGUGUGUGUGUGUGUGUGUGUGUGUGUGUGUGCGUGUGUGCGUGUGCGUGUGUGUGCUCGCGAUAUUAUACCCGAGAAACAUGAAUAGUCGUCUCGUCGUAUCAUCCGGAUGGACGGUGCCCGUGCGUACCCGCACAGCAUAAUGGUAGACGGGUAAUAAUGCAAUAGCCGCAGUCAUCGUCGAAAAACCGUCGGCCGCGGCGUUCCAAUAUUAUUUUCUGCCGGCAAAAACGUCAUUAAUUAAACGCAAUACGUAACAGCGAUAUUGAAUCGAUCGGUACACAAUAAUAAUGUAAUACCGCGCGUUACCGCUAUGCAUGCCGCAGGUAUCAACCGCGAUAACCUCUGUUAUACCGCGCCGACAACCUCCGUCGCCGCGAAAAAAACCAUUACCGCGCCGAAAACCUAAGCGCCUUCGUGUGUGUCUGUUCGCCGCCGUCGACGUCAAAAACCAAAAAGCCGCGACGGAGAUAUUAUUAUUUCGGUUUUAAUUUUUUUUUUUUUUUUUUUCCGCCAAAUUAUAUGAAAAAUGAUUUUUACGUUUCCCUCGGCCCCGUAACGCGCUCUGCCGCAGACCCGUGCGCCACCUUUUUUUCGUAGUCUUUUUUUUUUUUUUCCUUCUUAUUUCACAUACACACACACACACAUACAUAUUGUAAAACAAGCAAAUGUUCACCGCCGCCGCCGGUCGGUCUCUUUGUGUAACCCAAUCGGUUGCGGUCUGCCGAAAUUACGCACUUCAGUCAUCCGACACGUACUUUUUUUUUUUCUUUUUUUCCCGAACACCCGUUUUGCGCGUGUGUGUUCGUCUCGCCAUAUAUUUUAUUAUUAUUACGCGCGUUUAGUCGGACGAAUUAUACUUGUAAUAAUAAUAAUAAAUAUACACGCACGACACAGAAGAAAUAUUAUUUGCUCGUUAUACGAACGAUGACAUAGGUCAUAAUAAUAACAUAAUAUUCGCCGCCAUCGCACGUUUGUCCGAAAUCGCGAAGUCGAUCGUAAUAUAUUGCAGGUUUUUAUUAUAAAAUGGGUCCCUCCCUCGAAGCAUCCCCUCACAUCAAAAUAUGCCGCGUACGGAGCAUCCCCUAUUCCAAACGACCCCUACUCGAAAUACUCCCGUUUGAAUUUUGACGAACGUACCAACUCCUAUAUAAUACGACAAGAGUUUCGAGUGUUUUUAAUUUUACGCGGUUUCCGAAGGAAAAAACAAAAUAACGGACUUCAGGCUAAAUAUUAUACGGUCGAGAUUCUGAAUUUUCGUUACGAGUUCGACUUAGGAAUAUUGUAGGAUAUUUUGCUCGUGGGAUAUUUUAAAUAUUCCAAAAGUAAAUACAUCGAGGGGGGAGGGGGGGAGAGUUAUCAAUAAUGAGUGUGUUAGUUUUAUUUUUCAUUGACUCUGUUAGAAGCCGUCACAUUUGCAUUCGCCGUAUAUGUACGCCUUUCUAACGGGCAAUGUAACAAAAACGUGUCCAGUGUUCAUGCAUGUCUUCAGUUUUAUUCGAUUCGUUUCGAUAGGAAAAAUGGGAAUAUUCAUCAUUCAUCGUUACCGAUGCCCGGUGGGUAUUUGAAAAGAUCUAAUUGGUUUUUACGUUCGUUUAAAAAAAUCAUUAAUGCGAAAUUAUCGAAGAAAAAUAAUUGACAUUUUUGAAUCUCGAAAUUUUCACCAAACACUUACAUUAGUGGCGUGGUGAAGGGGCUGAUCGAAAGGCGGUCGUCUCUCAGUAUUUUCAUUGGGUGAUAGGUGUCACUGGGCGGGUGGAUAAUAAUUUAGUUUUAUAAUUGUGAACGACUCACAAAAGACUAAUAGCAUUUUCAUAUUGUAAAAUUUAGAUUACAAUAAUAUUAUUAAUCGUAUUUUUUUGAUAUUUUUAUUAACCCAGCAUUGUUUUUUUUUUUCAAAUCGAAUUUUACUAAAACUACAAAUUGUCACUGUAUUGAUUUUAGGUAAAACUAUAGUUUAAUGUAGGCUUCGGUCGAGGUAUUGGGCAGAAUCAGAAUCAACUCUGAAAAAAAUGUUGAAUAUGAUCGUAAUGAAACACUUGGUAUGUUCGCAAAGUCUUCAGAUCAUUUAAUACAAAAUGUAUUGUUAUUGAUAUUGUAAUUGCUGUACGACUUAACGCUAUUAAAGGGACAGUAUAUUUUUAAACAAUUUUGUCUCAUUUUGUGUUGUUUUAAUUAUACUUAUAAUUAUCUCUAUGGUAUUAAAAUUGUUUGCGAGAGGCAAACAAUUCCCUCCUUCCAUAAAUUUGUUUUUUUUUUUUAUAGGGCAAUUUUCGAAAGAGAUAAAAACCCAGUGUUCAAUGUUCAAAAAUAAUAUUCGAUUUCAGUGAGUCAUGAGCCUGUGGGUAGGUGGGUGGGUAUUGAAAAAUAUACUUGUCUCUGAAAAUAUUUGAGUUCACCACGCCACUGACUUACACAAUAUUAUAUUAGCAUUUUUUUUAUAGAAACGAUAUUAUAAUUCCAAACAAUUUUGACUCUUUUAAAAUCUUUAUAUUUUAUCGUUUGAAAAUUGCUCGGAAAUUUGAUGAACAAAUAUAAUAAUAAAGGUUCGUCGGUAGUUACAGUUUUUAUUUAGCGGUAGAAAAAGCCGAUCUUUAGAUCUUUUAGUAUCUUAUAGUAUGAAAAUAAAUGGUGUUCCGUGUUGGUUCGUUUGAACAAGUUCGGGUGGUCUAAAAGAAAACGAAUUCACAGCAACUGCAGCGUACAGAUUCUGUACGCACAUUGCGCAAAUUUGCGUUUAUUUAUUCUCUGACGUUUAUGUGUAUAUUAUGUAUUGCCGAUAGCGUAUAACAUAAUAUAUGUCGCUGCCAUUGUGUACACUGAAAUUUUACAGAUUUUCGAUGAAUGAUAAAUAUUAUAGCCGAUAUGGUUGUCAAUGCGUAUUACCGCGCGGUGACCCGUUGUCAUUAUAUUAUUAUUAUUAUUAUCGCUACGAGUGGAUAUAGAUCGCGAGUUAAAUAUUGUUUUUUUUUUUUUUUUUUUAUCGUAAUAAUCGUAUAUUCCAUUAUUACGACGGUGGAUUAGAAAGAAAACAACAAAAAUUUAAUAAUCAAACAAGUGGCCCGAAAUCGAGUGCUUGGUUGUUGUAAAAAUAAUAACACGUACCGAUAUGCCUGGUGACGAUUGAAUACAAUAAAUACAAAAUAACGUACGGUGUAUACACAGCAACAAAUAAACAAAUAAUAACAAUAACGAUGAUACAAAUUCGAAACUACCCCAUCGAAAAGUGGAUAUCGGUGGACAUAUCCCCCUUCGAAAAUGCGAAACAAACACAGACUCUAUGGUGUUUUGCGUUGAGCUUUGACGCGAUUCGACCUCUCGNAAUAAUAACACGUACCGAUAUGCCUGGCGACGAUUGAAUACAAUAAAUACAAAAUAAAUAAUUUGAUGUGCCAGAUAUAUUAGGUAGCAGUGGACUUUUAGACGUACGGUGUAUACACAGCAACAAAUCGACAAAUAAACAAAUGAUAAUAAUAACGAUGAUACAAAUUCGAAACUACCCCAUCGAAAAGUGGAUAUCGGUGGACAUAUCCCCCUUCGAAAAUGCGAAACAAACACAGACUCUAUGGUGUUUUGCGUUGAGCUUUGACGCGAUUCGACCUCUCGCAGUGGACCUUUCACAAUUUAACUCUGUAACCUUUUUUUACUGGUCUUGUGUUCUUAUGUACGUCCAUCAUGUUUUUUAUAAGUUGUGUAUUAUUGUCGUUAAACGCGCGUUUGGGAACUUAGCUCCAGUUUAUGCCUCCCCUGAAAAUAACCUCAUGGGCGCCCAUAGGUUUCAAUUUCGGUCUGCCAGUUAAAACAGUGAAGGAUGAAUUGAUUCAUCAACAAAUUUAAAGGGAAAAACAAUAAUAUCUGUGUUUGUGCGUUGGUGUUUUCGUUAUUUAAAUUUUUUCAAGCGAGAUAUAAGCAUGUGAAAUAUCACGGUUUAAAGACGUUUAUAUUUCGCUUGAAAAAAAUUUAAAAAAAUUUCUGAUUUGUUCUUACCUAUACAUAAGUUUGAUCAUUCGAUGAUAAUAAUAUAUGUAUAAAUAAUAUUAAAACUGAAAAUACAAAAUGAUUGGUACUGCAGACGCAACAAAAUGAUGUGUUCUCUUAAAGCACUAUACUUAAUAAUAUUAANGCACAUACACGUUACACACCGUCGUAAGUAUUUUGGACGUGUUUUAUUUCGGAAUAGUGAAAAGAAUUUUGGAAACAAAUUUUUUUUUUUUUUUUUUACUUUCCGUAAAUUACAAUACUUGAAAUCGACUCUCCCGAAAAAAUUCUCGAUUUUAACUUCUCCGAAAAAUUAUACUUAGGGCUGAACGUGACCGAGGCCUCGGAAUCCCUGACGCGCCGCCUGCUGAUUAUCGUCGCGUGCCCGUUAUUUAUUUGUUUAUUUCCGUUUUUAGGUAAAACAUCGGACGGUUCGGACUGCGAUUCGGAACCGGGCAUACCGCUGAAGCGCAAACAGCGCCGGAGCCGGACCACAUUUACGGCACUGCAACUGGACGAGUUGGAAAAGGCGUUCGAGCGGACUCAAUACCCGGACAUUUACACCAGAGAAGAGUUGGCCCAGCGCACCAAACUGACGGAAGCCCGGAUACAGGUGAGAAAUCUGAACGUAACUCUUAAACAAUGGGAGACCUUUCCCCCUCCCCCCCCCAAAAAAAAAAAUGGAAAAGCCGCAGUUUUUAUCAUUAAUCUAUAUUUUUUUAAAAAAUUUUUUUUUAUUCUGAGCAAAGCGUGGAAUUUAUAUGCAUUUGAUUAAUACAUGGUUUUUCUUUAUUUGAAUACAUUUUCGACCAGUAAUCUUGUUCCAAUUAUAAACUUCGGGAGAGGUGUAUAGAAGAAAAUGUUGUCCAAUCGGCAAUUUUUUAUUAAAAUUAAAUUUUAUUAUUUAAUCAUUUUUAUUUUCCUUGUACCUUUCUUAUAUUUACUCAACAUCAAUUUUUUGUUAUUACCUAUAUUGAUUUUUUUUCAAUUGCAUUUUUAUUAAGUUCGACGGACGAACCGCACUCGCGCCCGUAUCAAUCAAAUUGAAAACUCGCCCCUUUUUCGUUAUUCGAUUGAGCUGAAAUUUGGCGCACACCUUAAUAGUUCUGUUGGUAGUGUCGGGACAAUAUUACAAUAUACACGAAAAAUUAAAAAAAAAAAAAAAUCAUUAUUUAAAAAUUCAGAUUAUUGUUGCUACACCACGUACUCGUAGACUACCUACUGCUAAUCCUAUUCAAUUCGUAGUCACACUUCUUAUACGUCACUCUCUCAGUUCUGCCAUUUUCGUUUUUGUUGAAAACGUUGUGCAGAAUAUAUUUGUAUUUUAUUAGUUUUCCCAAUACACGGUAAUAUACUAGUUGCGCGGUUACAUUUAAACCUGUUUAAUCGUUUCUGACCGUUGUACAGGUGUGGUUCAGUAACCGCCGCGCCCGACUGCGAAAGCAAAUGUCCAGCAACACCGGAAGUUCGACGCCGGGCUCCGGCGGCUACGGCAUGGGACUGGCUCUGGGGUACUCGCCGUCCGGCCAACAGCAAAACCAACAGCAACAGUCGUCCGGUCCGAACUCGUCGUCCACGCCCGCGUACAUUAUGUCGCCGCAACAGUUGCACGAGCCGUACAACACGCCGGACGGAUACAAAGGUACGCAGCGCAAUAACCGUUGAAUCCGCGCUGGCCUGUAACAGCCGCGUGCACACGAGCACAUUGUUUUAUCGACGCGAAAUCGGCUUCUCUUUCCCCCCCGGGUCUCUAGACAUUUCGGGGCUCGUGUACCGCAUAACACGCCCGACACUCCGUCUCUCCUCCAUCCGCGAUCGCUUUUUCCGUCGGUUCGAACCGCCACUGAGGAUGGUCCGCGUGAUCGCGUCCCGUCCUGGGCCCGCUUUUAUACGGGUAUUUUUCCACACGGGACCGCCGCUUUUAUCGCCAAAUCGUCGCGACUCCCGUAAUAAUAAUAAUAACAAUAAUAAUUUAUUUUACGGAAUACGAUUCAAACAUUACACGUGUAAACAUGUCACGUGAUAUCAUAACAGACAUAAUAGAGACGUAAAUGAUAAAAAAAAAAAAAAUUAAUUAUCAAUAUAAAUUUAACAAUUCGAUAUUAAAAAAUAAUUAUUUAACUUUUCCAGGGUUAUAUUAAACAGGUCCAAGUUAUAAAUAUAGUUUUUAGUAGACAUUAAUACGUUAGCAGGACAAUCGGAUAUAUGAUUUGAAUUGAUAUAAGUUAAAUAAAACGGACAUUUGUUUCUAAAAUUAAAUAAAGUUACUCUGAAGUUUAUUCGUUCCAAAAGCUCGGAACAGUCGAGAAAAUGAGAAAUUUUAAAUUUAGCAUUUGAAAUCUUUUGUUCAACGAAACUAUUUACAAAUAAAAUACCUAUGUUAAUAUAUCCUGAAUGAGGAAUUCUUUCAGAAUUACAUUUAAAAGAUAAGAAUCUUAGAAAAUUAUUUCGGAUAGAUUCUGAUUUCGACAAAUACUAUGCGAAUGCCAAACUAAAGAGGCAUGUUCAAUAUACAAUCGUGUCCCGUCCAUUUUAUUCGUCUACCGUUAAUGAGCAGUAGGACGUGUACACGUACCUACAGUGUAUACGUGUAUACGUUUACAUCGGAACAAAGGUCUUAGAUCUGCAUUAUAAUAUCGCCGUAAAUCAUACGCAGUGGCCAACGAUUAUUUGUCUCCGAAGAUUCCGAAUGAAUUCGAUUCGGAUUUUUCCGCAAAGUUUUUGUUGUGGAAAUCCUGUAUUUCCAAAAGGCAAUUGUUGAAACUGUUUUUUUUUUUUUUUUUUUUGUUUGUGUCUCAUCCAGAUGCCGACGACCAUCAUCAUCAACAACAGCAACAACAACUGCAACAACAGCAGCAGCAACUGCAACAGCAAAUGAUCAAGGAUGAACAACAACAGCAAAUGAUCAAGGAAGAACAACAACAGCAGCAGCAACAACAACAACAACAACAACAACAGCAGCAACAGCAGCAGCAAAACAGCAUGCAGAUGUACGGCGGCCUGGGGGCCACGUCGCUAAUCGACCACGGCGACAACCGGCCGCACAGCAACAUCAGCCCCGAAGCGGCCACCGCCACUUCGUACAUCGGCAUCGCCGCGGCCGGCUCUUACCCGACCACGCCGCUGUACACGUCCACUUCGUCGCUGCUCACGUCCCAGGUGAGUCCGUCAACCGUAACGCGAACCCGACCCGCUCGCAUCCCGCCGCUGCUGCGCUUAGACGUGUUUCGGCGGUUAUUCCGAUCCCUGUAUAAUACAUUACGAUGCACGCACUUCGAGCGACCUGUCCGACGCGUACUGUCUACCGAUGCGUUUGUGAAUUAUACAUGUAUGCACGCGCGCCGUGCAGCCGCGUCGUUUUUCAUCGGGCAUAUUUCGGGCGCGAGCGGUCGUUAUUUUCCGAUGAUCGACGACGCGCGUACCGUCGCGCAGCACGUGGCGACAAUAAUAACAAUGUUGUGUACAACGAUUUUCUCCCGAAAAAGGGUUGUCGUCGUUUAUUAUUAUAUUAUUGUUUAGACGUAUACAAUAACCGCACGGCCCGAAAGAACAGGACGUCGUAAAAAGGGUCGACGGCGGCGCGACACCGUUUACCGUCGCCUAGCCGUCGGUAUAAUAAUAUAAGGGUGUUAUUUAUAACCGUCCGUAUCGCCGUGCGGUGCAGAACGGUGCGACGGCGCUCGUCCGGUCCGUAUGCACGCAUAACACGCAUGCAUGGCGCGCGCGCGUACUGUAAUAAUAAUAAUUGUACAUUAUACUGUAUAUUUUAUUGCGUUAUACAGUGAUUCUUAAACGCGCGCCGGUGCAUAAUAAUAAUAAUAUCGAUUAUGCGUUACAGAUGGGACAGUUGAACGGCGGCGGUCAGCUCUCGCAACUGCACAUCGGGCCCGUCGGAACCGGCGGCGGGGUCGGCCACCAGGCCUCGUCGCCCAGCUUGCUCUCGGCCGCGUCGCAGGCCUAUCAGAUCGGUUCGGCGGCUCCCAACGCGGCCCCCACGAUGAUCGCGCACCAUCAGCUCUCGCCGGUGUCCGCCAACAUCACGCUCAUGGGACAGUCCAACGGUAAGUCGUCGCGUUCGCCGCGCGUUACACGUGUGAAUAUACAGGGCGUAUCAUCGUCAUCGUCAUCGACCUGUCCGUAAUAAUACGGUUUACCUAUAGGUAUCAUUAGCGUUUCCCGUACGUUUCCCGUGUUCUCGCGAGUUAAAUGCUUUUUUGCCGCAUAUUCGUCGAUACUUUACAAUUUUACUCAGAAAACGUUAAGCUUGGGCAGAGCAAAUUGUUAUAAUAAUAACUUGCGAGAUCGCAUUUGUCCAGAUUUAAAAAAAUAUUCAAAGUUCGAAUAUUAUUGGACAUUUGUAUAAAAAAAGAAUCCCGAAUAAAACAAGGAAUGUAUUGGUUUUACUCUGAUGCGUUUUCUUGUGUCUGCGAACGACUUUUCCAUCUGCCAGAGUCUCAUCCGAAAUAGGAACUUAAUAGAAACUUCCUUGUAGAAUGUUUUGUGAAUUCAUAUUUAUUUUUUCCUCGCAGUUCCCCGAAUAAACGCAAAACACUGUCAGUUUUCCGUAUCAUUUUUAUUGGUUUCUAUGUCGUCUUUGAUGACAAGGGAAAAAGUACGACAAAUAAUGCUCCGUUAAAAAUGGCUUUUCAUUAGCGGCGGUUCAUCAUUAGUCACCCUCGCGUAUGUGCACGACAAUAUUUUAAAGUCUCGCUUUAUGCAGUGCGUAAGACUUAUCGUACACUGUAGUCUAUACUGCCCGAUAACACUCAUUUAGUAAAGCCGAACCGGUCGUUCUUACGGACGGACCAACGUGAUUCCACGUGGCAAUAUUACCGAUUUAACAUUUGUAUUCUACCGUUUCUGGUCUGAAAAAUGUUGUUGUUUACCACGUUCUUCAGUCCGCACAUUGAAUUCGGUUUUUAAUUCGAUUAAAAAUAUUAAAUUAUAGUACAAAAAAGUUGGCCGCUUAAUUGUGUGUACAAAGGUUGGGUUAAAAACAUAUAAAAACGGCUAGAGUUCGUUGAUAGUGUUGCAAGUCGGUAAAAUAUUAAGAAGAGUGGGGGGGGGGGAUUAUUACGAUUGUAUUUUUCGUUCGUAAAUUUCUAACUGAAGGUCUUUUUUUCGUUUUUUUAAUCUAAAUAAAUCCAAGGCAGAUUUUCGUCACGAGUACCUCAUCCGCCUUGGAUUUAAUUUAAUUGUUUACCUCGAGGAUAUUUUACCUGCUUGUAUGCGAAUUUAUUUUUAAUACUGGCAAGAAAAUCUGAAAAUUCGCCGUCCGACAAGUUAUAAAUUCACGAUAUAGGGUAUCAGAAUACGCCUAAUGUAAUUUCGAGUACAACGUUAUUUGAUUGUGUCGGUUCCAAAAAAAAAAAACGAUAUGACCACAUAACAAUGUGCUGUUAGAUAAAUGUUAUUUAAGAUUCAGAGCGUAGCGAUGGAGCUAUUAACUUUACUAAUAUAUUUAUUUGUUUUUUUUUUUUUUUUUUCUGGGCACGUUUUUUCCUAGGUAAACUUGUUCCGAUUUUUACGUGUAGCGACUUUUCUGAAAGCUCAAGUUUUCUAUGUGAUAGUGUAGAGAGAUCAUUGAUUUUUGACUCCGUUAUUUAAAAAAAAAAAUAAGCGCUUAAGCAGGAAAAAACGUAAGAUAACGUACACUUUCACGAUUUCAUUAUUUUAUAAAAAUGCGGACGGCGUUUACAACCAGAAAAAAUGAUUCAAUCGAAAAAUAACAAAAUUCUUUUUUGUCGUAUUUUUGAUUUAAUUUCUCACAAUAUCAUUGCCAAAAUUGUUGAGCCGCUUUUGAGCUUUUGAGGAAUUUAAAUUUUUUAGAGUUUUAUUGAUGUAAUUCGGUAAUACAUGUAGAGACUUAAAUUUUGGUAAUAAUACUACCUAGACGUGGUAAAAUUUCGAAAAUCAUCGGACAAAUUUUUUUUUAAUAAACAUUUUGAAAUCAAAUUUAAACGAAAAUCGCAAAAAAAAUUACAUCACUUCGAAUUAUGUAUUUCCGAACCGCUCUCGGAAUCGCCUUUCGUCAAACAAUGGUCUAUCGUUGCUUACAGUUAUAAUUGAAAUAACCUUAUGUAUCUUACCUUCCCAACUUCUUACCUACAACAGUGGCCGCUCCCAUCCCCGGUAUCAGCUAUUUUUCAACAUUACAUUUGGUCUGAGAUGCAAAACGAGAUACGCCUAUUAUCAUACCUUACCGAUCCCAUGUUCAUCUAAGAUAUAUAUCUGUACAGCGCACGUGCCUUGCAUUGAAUUUCUUAAUGUCCACAUCCCAGCUGGAUGUUAAAUUUUUGAUGAAUACACUUGUGAUUGGUCAACCUCAUUCUCUACGAAUUCUGUUAACGUUAUAUCGAUGUUAAAUUUGAAUGUUUUCAAUCAUUAAAACAUCGUCUGCCGCAACGGAAAUAUCGUUCAGCUUUGUUCAGCAAUAUUCAACCAACAAAAAAUAUCGCAUUUUCUCUUAUCAAAAGAAUCAGAUGAGAAGUAGGAAAAAGUGAAAUACGAUUUUUUUCGCCGGGGACUUGCGGCACACGAUAUAAAUAAGCAAUUUGACGAUUAAGACAGUUGCGCAAUGAGGACGGGAGACUAGGCAGACUUAGCUCCCGGAUCAUCUGAAACCCCCUCACACCAAGGUUUAAACGCUAAUCACGGCAUUUGUAUAAUAUAACUGUACGCUCGUACAGGUGAAAACAAUAAUGUACGACGUGAUAACGUUGUAUUGGUGUCACCGUAUAAUAACUAUCGCGUCUGUUGACAGGAACGAACGGCGGCGACAGCCUGAUCACCGUGUCAUCCUCCGAACUGGUGUCCAUGCAGAGCCCGUCCAGCUGGUCCGCGUUGGCCAGCCACCACGGCGUCGGCGGACACCAUCAGAUGCCACCCAUGAACCCGACACGGAUCAGUCCGCAGCCUCCGCUCAUACCGACCGCCUGCAUGGGCGGCCAGAUGAGCCCGACGUCGGCCGCCUACUACCAGCCCCGGCAAACUCACCCAUCUUUCUACCCGGGGUGGUACUGAUGACGCGGCGUACGGCGCCAUCUAUGCGCGCAACCGUUUAUACGCGCAGCAGCCAGAAAUUCAUUUCGGGGGCGGAGUUCAUUUUAAAAAUGUAUAAAAUGUCAAAACAAUUAACAAAAUAUUCGUUUGGUUUUUGAAAAAAAAAAUAAAAAAAAAAAUGAACAUUGUCUAAAAUUAAUCGUCACCCUGUGGACGCCUCCCCCACUAUCCGGCUGCGUGCCUGGCUGUUGCGAGAUAUUGCUAUAAUGUUAUUAUUGUUCUCGUCUACCUGUUUUUAUACUGGUCAGGAUAGGUUCUGAGGAUGGUGGGGGGGGGCGUCGGAUCGGAUACCUGUAAUAAAUAAUUGUUAUUAAAGAAAAAAACGCAAAAAAGUUUCCCAAGAGUCGUGUACCCGAUGUACUUACCUGCAUAAUGUAUAGUAAGGUUAUGAAAAAAAGUUAUAACACGGCCAGCGUGUCACCCAGAGCACAGUACCACCCCCUCCCCAUACACACACACACACACACACACACACACACUCGACUACAACUUGUAGUCUACAAAUACCUAAACAAAUCGCGUGUUCUCUCUUAUAUUAUAGUAUUAUUAUUAUUAUUAUUAUUAUUAUUAUUAUUAUUAUCAUUAUUAUUAUUGUUGUAUUGCGUUUAAUUACUUGUAUUAUUGUACGAUAUUGUAUUUUGUUUGCAGCUUUCCUAUAUGACAUUAUAACUACAGUGUGAAACGGUAUUUUGUUUUAUUGGCAUUUACCUACCUAUACCUAAUAAUUGUAAGUUAGGUUAAGUUUUAAUUGUAUGUUUAUUCGCAGGGUAGACGAAACGUUUUUAAUGUUCCUUAAUAUUAUAAUAAUUAUUUUAUUAAUUGUUGAGGUGGUCGCCAAUAAUAUUAUUGUCGUUGUAACUGUUGACGGCGACAAUUUCAACUCGUAUAAUUCUUUUAUUUUUUUUUUUUUUUUCUAUCGUCACGUUAGGUACUAGUUAUACCGUUUACGGCAGUUUCUCGAAUACACGGAAACGAUAAUUUAAAAAACACCGAAAACCGUUCAGCCGAUAGAUUCGAGUAUGAUUCGAGCUCACCUAAAACGCGCCCUACGCCCAUUUCCGUUUUCUUUUUCAUCGCGCGACAACAUUGACAGAUUAACCUCAUUUGUAUUGACUAUAAUUAUGUAUUAUUAUGUAUGUUUGUACAGUACACUUAUUAUGUAUAGGUAUUGUAUAAUGUUUUUGUUCGUUAUACAAGUCAUACAUUAUGGCAUGUCUAUCAGACGGAUUGACGAUUUAUUUUUCGCGUCUCGUUGCUGAUUUUUAAUAUGUACAUUGUUAAUUUUGUUGAUUUUAAAGAAUUUUUUUUUUUUUUUUUAUAAUUUUAAAGCGGACAUCACGUCGUCCUCUAUAAUGUAAUAUAUUAUGUUUAAUAUUAUUAUACUUUAUGUCUAUUAUAACUUUUUCCCACUCGACAUGUUUCUUUCGUG